GCGUGUGAAGCAAAAGUGCAAAAGAACGGCAGCAGCAGGCGGCAUUGUGCAUUUUUUUAAUACAUACUCGUACAUAUUUACCGCUUCGAAAGAAAGGGAGCGAUACACAGAUACAGAGAUACAGGGAGGCAAAAGAGAAGUAGUUCAGGCCAAGCCACUCGUAGGGCCAAGCCAAGUGUAACGAUAGAUACCCAAUACUCCGGCGUAAACAAAAACAAAAACAAUAAGCAAAACCGAAAACCGAAAACCCCCAUAUAGUACUUGACAGAGUGGACAGAGAGCAGAGCCAUGUCGUCGUCAACAUCAUCCACGUCCACGUCUAGCGCGAGUGCGAAACUGGAGCACCAUUCGAAGCCCAUACUGAGUCCAACACGAUCCCUGGACGAAGGUUUCGAAAGUGAUCCGGAUCGGGUUUCCACCGAUUCGGAGCAUCAGACAAGUGGAACCGCCACUGCCGCCAGCAGCAACCAUAACAAUGCCAGCAAGUUGGCGCAACUCAGUUCGGCGGCCACUGGCGGCGCCUCCUCCACUGGCUCGGAGAAGCCAACAGCCACAGCACCAGGCGGAAACUCGGCCAGGGGUGUCCUCUCUUUGGCCGCACCCCAGCUGCAGCGGCGCGAAUACUUUAAGGAUCAGCAGAGCAGCCAGCAGGUGGGCAUGGCCAAGGCACGACAGAUCGGUGGCCAGCAGCAACAGCAGCAGCAGCAGACCCUGCCCCCCCAGCCACGGCUGCAGUACCAGAAACAGCGACAGCCCCUCGUACCCAGUGCCGCCUCCAGUGUCCACAACCAUCGCAUGACCCAUGGCGGACCCGGCUCCGUUUCGGGCCAGGCCGGAGCUGCCGGAGCUGCCGGAGCUGUCUCAGUCACUAGCGGAUUUCGUCGCGGACGUCGCCUCCAUUUGGCAGCCCAUAAUCCAGCCCGAACCGGACUGCGCUCCCAUUCGGUGGACGCCAUUGCCAGACACCGCCAUGGCUACGAUCCCAGCAGCCUGAUCCUCAAGCACGAUGGCAACGGGAACGUGAGCAGCUGCUCCAGCCCCAACGGACCGGGACCGACCAGGAUGCUAAACUACAAGACCCCGGCCGGAGGCAGUUCCCCGGGAACAGCGGCCGGACAGGCCCUUCUCGUCCAGCCCAUCUCCAGUGCCACCUUGUCGCCCAUGGUGGCCGCUGGCGUGGACGUGGUGGACGGAGGCGGCUCCUCCCCGGUGAUUGCCUCGGCCACCCACAGCCUGUACACGUUCUAUCCGGCGGAGGGGAAUCUCCAGGUGUGGCAGACGGAGUGCGGCGACCUAACCUACAAGUCAUCCAGGAAUAUGCAUCAGCUGCACAAGGCCCCAGUGUGCUGGACCCAGUCCAUACCACGACAGGCCAGAAGGUACAUAACACCGGCAGCGGCGGCCACGGCAACGGCAUCAUCAUCCGUCACGUCAUCGACGGGCGGCGGCGGCGGCGGCACCAAUCUGGCUGUCUAUCCCACAGCCACCGCACAGGUAUAUCGAUCCAACAACGGACUCGAUGUCCUGGACUGUGCCGGACUGGAGCAUCACGGCAAUGGCGGGACAACAACCAUGACAACGUCUGGCAGCUCCGGCACGGGCUUCUCCCAGCGCCUCAGGGAGCUGGCCGCCUCCGCGGGACUGCUCUCCCUGAAGCCGCGUCAGCCCCUGAAGCCGGUGAUCAAGACACGCGGCUCCCCGGGUCCGGAGUUCCCCAAGAAGGUCACCUUCAGUGCCUUUGCCACAGUGCAGGUGGUAUGAGAGCGGCCCGAGACACGGGACAGGGGACACUGUGGGUCUAGCGUGACAUCUGUGCAGGCACAGAGCAAGUUCCGUCUUGCACUUGUUAACCGUUAUUUGUUGUUGUUGUUUUAAUAAUUGUUGCUGUUGUUAAAUGUUUAGCCAAAACUAUGGAAACUGGAGGAGGGAAGCGGAAACUGGAUUUUGGAAUUUGGAGGAAUACAAAUCCUGAAAAUCUUCAAAACAUAAGAAAGAAAUUGUUGUGCCAUGACUUUGGCUUGAUAAAAAUGACUAUAUAGAAAGGAGUUAUAUACCAAUAUAUGUAUGCCCCAUAGCUGGAAUAAUACCAUACCUCAGUUAUCCCUAAAAAAAAAAACACACUCUCUGUCGCUAUCAUCUAUCUACGAGUAACAUCUAGAUUUCAUAAAUCCACGAACUUUCCAUUUUGGUAGACUGACUUUUAAAGAACCUUCCCUCAUUGUUACUUUACCCUCACCAAUUCAUUUUCUCUCCCCCAUAAAACAGUAUUUUCUCAUCUUCAAAACACUUUCCUCACACACGACCACACACCAAGAAAAACCAAUUGAAAAAUGUAAAAUCUAAAGACUAUGAAUGCAGAAAUUCUAAAUAUUUUCUAUUCAACUGUAAAUAUGUAUGAAUUUUUUGCUCAAAACCGAUUUA